AGUAUUAGACAUGGCGUUGGUUGCGCGACUGUGGCACUUUAUCUUUUUGGGACGUGGCACUGCCCCGAGACCUCGGCUCCCAAUGGGGGCUGCGGGCUGCCGCGGUGGGUGCGGCCCCAGGCAACUCCGCUGUUUUGAGGUACCCUUACUAUCAUGGCGCCCGCUCCUCCCCCUAAACCACUGGCUGGGUUCGGACUUCCCCCCGCGUUCUCCAGGCUUGGCCUCGCGUCACAUUGAGAGAUGUAGUGAAUUGAGGAAGGAACUCCGAGUCAGGUGUUCCCGGAGCGCCCUUGCCCCGAAGCCGCGGCGGACAGGUUCUCUCUGUCGCGAGCCUCAUCUCUAUUCGGUCAAAACGAGGUGGCUCACAUCUUCCUUGAGAACCUGCUUCUUGCCCUUCCUGUGUGAAAACAGGGAGAACGUGAGACGCAGGUGGGGGUGGAGUCGUUGACCGUUGUGUAAUAAAAGCUUCCACUGUCGGUGAAUUCCAGAUGGGCGAACAGCCCUUGCGGCUGUCAGUCGACCUGAUUUUGAAAAGUUGGCGUGGUAAACUUCAACUACGUGCACUGAGGGCUGCUUUACAUUAACCAAACUGAUGAGAGACCAACUGAUUGAUUCACAGUCAGAAAUAUAAAUCAGCUAUCCAACAGUGCAUUUUUUGCUCCUCUAAGAAGGCGAGAAUAUUGUUUGUUUAUCAUACCAACAAAGGAAUUUGAACACUAAUAAAUGUAUAGUUUCUUAAAGGUGAUAGGAAACCCAGGAACUUUCAAAAGAGGCCUUUUAUUCCCAGCCUUGUCUUAUUUGAGUUUUGAAACUUACCGGGUCAUUUCUCAGGCUGCUGUGGUUCAUGCCACAGCCAAAGUUGAAGAAAUCCUUGAACAAGCAGACUAUCUGUAUGAAAGUGGAGAAACAGAAAAGCUUUUUCAGUUGCUAACCCAGUACAAGGAAAGUGAAGAUGCAGAGUUACUUUGGCGUUUGGCACGGGCUUCACGUGAUAUAUCUCAGCUUAGCGGAACAUCAGAAGAAGAGAAAAAGCGAUUGGUGUAUGAAGCCCUAGAAUAUGCAAAAAGGGCACUUGAAAAAAAUGCGUCAAGUUUUGCAGCUCAUAAGUGGUAUGCAAUCUGUAUUAGUGAUGUUGGAGAUUAUGAAGGCAUCAAGGCUAAAAUUUCAAAUGCUUACAUUAUCAAGGAACAUUUUGAGAAAGCAAUCGAACUGAACCCUAAGGAUGCUACUUCAAUUCACCUUAUGGGUAUUUGGUGUUACACAUUUGCCGAGAUGCCUUGGUAUCAAAGAAGAAUUGCUAAAAUGCUGUUUGCAACUCCUCCUAGUUCCACCUAUGAGGAGGCCCUAGGCUACUUUCACAGGGCAGAACAAGUGGAUCCAAACUUCUAUAGCAAAAACUUGCUUCUAUUAGGAAAGACUUAUUUGAAGCUACAAAACAAAAAACUUGCUGCUUUCUGGCUAAUGAAAGCAAAGGACUAUCCAGCACACACAGAGGAGGAUAAACAGAUACAGACGGAAGCUGCUCAGUUGCUUACAAGUUUCAGUGACAAGAAUUAAGAACUUUCCUGAGAAGAAAGCACAUAAAGUAAUAAACAUUGCGUUUUCAUCGAAUUAUAAAGAUUAAUACAUUAAUUCAUAACUAUUCUUUGGCUGUUUUCUCAGUUCAUGUAAAGUUGUGACAUUUAAUAGAUUAAAUAUACAAAAUUCUUGGUUUCUGCACAAAUACCGAGAUAAAAUAAAAUCGACGUAUAAGAAUGGUAGCGAAAAAUCUCCAUAGCUCACGGUCUCAGAUUAUUUUGCAGCUGGGAACACCAGCAGUACUAAGUGGUCUGGGAUUUCUAAGGAGGAUUGAUUAUAUCAGGCCCGGAGGAGCUCAAGUAAACAAGGCUUUGUGGAAGAGGUUCAUAUAGGGGACUACAUUUUCAAGUUGGAUUGAUUCAAAGUAGGAGAUCUUGCAGAAGAUGAUGCAGUGAAAGUUGAGAGACUAGAAUGUUGAGGGUUCUUAAUAUAAAGUACUUAAAUGAUGUAUCUUGGAACCAACCUGCAGAAAGAAAGAAGUCGGUAGAGGACUAAAAAUGGAAUAGUUUCCAUUUUAAAUGAGAAGUAUUUUCACAAGUGGAUUGAAAGUUGUCACUAGAUAGAACCCAAAUUCCAUUCCGUAAAGGGGUGAAAGAAUACAAAACUUAAGGGGGAAGUGGAAAUUAAGUUGCUUUAAAUAGGCAGAACAAUGUUACUUACUUGAGGCUUGGGUGUCACCACUGCAAAAUAUUAAAUUUUAUAAACAAAUAAGACUGUUCCCAGAUGCUACUUAAGAUCUGAGUUUAUGUGUACUUGGAAUUUCCCCAAACAUCUGUGAAUCCUGACAUUACAAUAAACUAUGUGGGUUUGUACUA